UGUUGUUCUUCGUCCUGCGUGCAUUGUGGAGCUUCCCUGUACUUUUAUGUGAAAAGACAAAUACAUUAAUCUUCUUGCAGAGCAGGCGCUCGUAUCCAGACUCACUCACAGCACAGUCUUCAGAGAGUACAGCUUCGGGAGAGGGAGAAAGUGCAAGAUACAUCUGACAGCUUGCAGGGUGUGUAAGAUGGCCGUGUGGAUCCAGGCUCAGCAGCUGCAGGGAGACGCUCUGCACCAAAUGCAGUCUCUUUACGGCCAGCAUUUCCCCAUCGAGGUUCGCCAUUACCUGUCCCAGUGGAUCGAGAGCCAACCGUGGGACUCCGUGGACCUGGAGAACGCGCAGGACGAGUUCAAGGCCAAGAGGAUGCUGGAUGGCCUGGUCCAGCAGCUGCAGAAGAAGGCCGACCAUCAGAUGGGCGAGGACGGGUUCCUGCUGAAGAUUAAGCUGGGUCACUACGCCGACCAGCUCAAGAGCACCUAUGACCGCUGCCCGCUGGAGCUGGUGAGGUGCAUCAGACACAUCCUGUACAUGGAGCAGAGGCUGCUGCAGGAGGCCAACAGCUCAAGCUCUCCGAUGGGCGGGAUGAUGGUCAGCAUGUCUCAGAAGUACCAGCAGAUCAGCCAGGCGUUUGAGGAACUGCGAGCACUGACGCAGGACACGGAGAACGACCUGCGCAAGCUGCAGCACAACCAGGAGUACUUCAUCAUACAGUACCAGGAGAGUCUGCGCAUACAGGCUCAACUGACCAGCCUGGCCACACUGCCCCCUGCUGACCGCCUCCUGAGGGAACCCACCCUGCAGAGCAAGAGGGCCACUGUGGAGGCCUGGCUCACGCGCGAAGCCAACACACUACAGAAAUACAGGCUGGACCUGGCUGAGAAGCACCAGAACACCCUGGCGCUCCUGCGGAAGCAGCAGACGGCCAUCCUGGAUGAUGAGCUCAUUCAGUGGAAGAGAAGGCAGCAGCUGGCAGGCAAUGGGGGUCCUCCUGAGGGGGGUCUGGACGUCCUGCAGUCCUGGUGUGAGAAGCUGGCGGAGAUGAUCUGGCAGAACCGGCAGCAGAUUCGCCGGGCGGAGCACCUCCGGCAGCAGCUGCCCAUCCCGGGGCCCAUCGAGGAGAUGCUGACCGAGCUGAACAGCACCGUCACUGACAUCAUCUCCACUCUGGUCACCAGCACCUUUAUCAUUGAGAAGCAGCCCCCGCAGGUCCUGAAGACUCAGACAAAGUUUGCGGCCACCGUCCGUCUGCUGGUGGGGGGGAAGCUCACCGUGCACAUGAAUCCGCCUCAGGUCAAGGCCACCAUCGUCAGCGAACAGCAGGCCAAGGCCCUGCUGAAGAACGAGAACACAAGAAACGACAGUAGUGGGGAGAUCCUCAAUAACAACUGCGUGAUGGAGUACCACCAAACCACAGGCACGCUCAGCGCCCACUUCAGGAACAUGUCUCUAAAGCGGAUCAAGCGCUCUGACAGGCGAGGGGCUGAAUCGGUCACGGAGGAGAAAUUCACCAUCCUGUUCGAGUCACAGUUCAGCGUGGGCGGCAACGAGCUCGUAUUUCAAGUCAAGACCUUAUCACUUCCUGUGGUGGUGAUUGUUCACGGUAGUCAAGACAACAACGCCACGGCGACGGUGCUUUGGGAUAACGCAUUUGCUGAGGCGGGUCGUGUGCCUUUCCUCGUGCCGGACAAGGUGAUGUGGCCCCAGCUGUGCGAGGCCCUAAAUAUGAAGUACAAGGCUGAGGUCCAGAGCAACAUGGGGCUCUCUGAGGGGAACCUGGUCUUCCUGGCCCAGAAGGCCUUCUCCAGCUCCAGCAUCAAUCCUGAAGACUACCGGAACCUUGCCAUUUCCUGGUCACAGUUCAACAGGGAAAGCCUGCCUGGGCGGAGCUUCACCUUUUGGCAGUGGUUCGACGGAGUCAUGGAACUGACAAAAAAGCAUCUGAAACCACACUGGAAUGAUGGCGCGAUUCUGGGCUUUGUGAAUAAGCAGCAGGCGCAGGAGAUGCUGAUGUCCAAACCCAAUGGGACGUUCCUGCUGCGCUUCAGCGACUCUGAGAUCGGGGGCAUCACCAUCGCCUGGGUGGCGGAGAACCCCGGCAAAACAGGAGAGAGAAUGGUGUGGAACCUAAUGCCCUUCACUACCAAAGACUUCACCAUCCGUUCCCUGUCAGACCGGAUCAGCGACCUAAACCACCUGCUCUUCCUCUACCCUGAUCGGGCCAAGGACAUUGUCUUCUCCAAAUACUACACCCCACCCCUCUCAAAAGCAGUGGACGGCUACGUCAAGCCAGAGAUAAAGCAGGUCGUGCCUGAGUUCACCACUGCCAGUCCCGACCCGUCUGGGGGAAACCCCGCCUUCAUGGAUCAAACAGCGUCUCCAGCCGUCGGUCACCCUCAGGGCUACGGGAUUUAUUCCAAUAUGGGUGACUCCAUGUUGGACGGCGAUGGCGAGUUUGACCUGGACGACACCAUGGACGUAGCGAGGCACGUGGAGGAGCUCCUGCGGCGACCCAUGGAGGCCCAGUGGAGCGGCCCGCAGUCUUGACCUUCGACCUCUGACCUCUGACCACAUCCUUGUACAUUCGUAUAGUUUAAAUAUAUUGUCCUUUUCUCGUGUUUAUUUUCGAUUAAGUAAACCGUUAUGUGAUAUGUUAAUAAGAGUUGUGAAUACAUUUUUGUGAGCAUGCAGACUGCAUGCCAAGGUUUAUUGGUUCCUGUCAACUGCAUUGCAUUUUUGGGUUAUUGGUUCCUUAAUAUCACCUCCAGAAUUAUUCACAUCCUUGAUAAAGAUUAGCAAAAAUAGCUGUAUAAAAUAAACAGCACAGGUAAUGAUAUGCUCAUGUGGAAAAUAUAUACAGUAUAUAUAUAUAUAUAUAUAUAUAUAUAUAUAUAUAUAUAUAUAUAUAUAUAUAUAUAAAGAAUUGCUCAGAGGAAGUAUUUUUAACAAGUAAUUAUUUUAUUUCCCAAAACAUAGGUCAAAUGUUUUGCUGCUUGCUGGAGAUUAUGGAUCCUGGGGCUAGACUUUGACCUUAACAAGAGCCCCUGAACCAGUGCAAAAUGAGAGCAUAAAAUGAAAGAUCCACCACAUAAGCUUCUUUCUUAUGCCAGACACAUUACUGGCAAAUGUGGCCAAACAGCUCAGUUGUGGUCCCAACUGAAAAUAUCACUCAUUUCCUUGCAAAGUUCAACACAGACUCCUGCAAUGUCUGGGCUAAAAACUUUGUGUGCCAGGAAACUAAAACUUUGCUCUAAAUUGAUCUUUGAGGAAGACAAAUAUCCCAAGCUUAUCUCAAGAUCAACAAAGACAUGGCUAACUGACCACAAAAUUACAGCUUUACAAGUCUCCAGACCUUAAUCUGACCUAAAGUCUGUGAUUUGAUUUGAAGAGAGCAGUCCAUAGUAUACAGUCCAAGGAAUCUAAAGGUUUUUAUACUUUCAGUAUGGAGGAGUAUGUUAUGAAACACUACGGAAGACAAUUCAGUAGCUGUAUCCUUUGGGAAGAGAGGGUGCACAAAGUUCUGAAGACAGGAGUGUGAAUAAUUUUGAGACCUGUCUUUUUGGGAAAUACAAUUACUUGUUAAAAAAACAUUUUCUUACAGUAUUUAGUGAUCAGUAUUUCAUUAGAGCGAUAUAAAACAAUAUUCAAAUGUUUCUGCAUAAAAUAUAGUACAUUAUCAUACAGCCUUUUAAAUGAUCUUCAUCAAGAGUGGCAAGCAUUUUAGAGGUGACUAUUUGUAAAACAGACUUAAUUAUUAACAUAAACACAUACAUGAAAUACAUGUAAACAGCCAAAUUGCAUGGCUUUAUUCAGUUAUGAUUUCUGAAAACCUCUCAAAACAAAACAAAAAACAAGCUACUGCAGGCCAUUAAACAGUUGAACUGUUGAUAUUUGUGCAUAUGAGUCAUAUGAGUAGUGGAUAUGAGUCAUUAAUUUAAUGCCAAAAGCGAGGCAAAAAUAAGUCCAUUGUUAAUGAUGCUAUAAUUUUUUUCUGCAGGGAGUUUCCAUGUAAAAGGAAAUUGUGUAUCAUUGUCCAGCCUGUUUACAUUAAACUCCACAGAGAUAUGAUUUAUUAUC